AUGUAUGGCGAUUUCAUGGCCGAGUACUUGAACCUUGGCCACAUGGAGCGUAUUCCAGACGACGAGGUGAACGUUGCACCCGAGAAAAGCUUCUACCUCCCACAUCACGGUGUCAUGCGGCAGGAAAGCGUCACCACCAAGUUGCGAGUCGUUUUCGACGGCUCUUGUCGAUCGUUGACUGGAAUAUCGUUGAAUGAGAAGCUGCUGAUCGGACCCAACGUCACUGAGGACCUGCCUGUCGUGCUGACCCGUUUUCGAAGUUACGCUUUCGCCUUCAUGGCGGACGCGGAAAAAAUGUACCGGCAGGUGAAGAUACAUCGAGACGACGUCGACUACCAGCGUAUCGUAUGGAGAGCGGACCCCGAUAAGCCCAUCGAAUACUACCGAUUGCUGACAGUAACAUACGGGACUUCUUGUGCGCCGUUUCUAGCCAUUGAGUCGUUGCGACAAGCCGCCCGUGAUUCUCGUACGCAGUAUCCAAAUGCAGCAGAUCGUGUGCUGAAAAACUUUUAUGUAGACGAUUUUCUUUCUGGCGCUGCCACAUUGGAGGACGCACUCGAAUUGAAGGAGGACAUCGUUCAGGUUACAUCGGGUGCAGGUUUUCAUCUCCGGAAAUGGUCGGCAAACGAUCCACGGCUGUUGGAGGAGGAUGCAAGCGAUGCCGAAGCGUCAGUUCCUGUGCAUCUUCAUCCAGAAGCGGAUUCCGUGAAAGCACUGGGUAUACACUGGUACCCAGUCACCGACUCGUUUGGGUACCGGGUGAAUUUUGACAUCGACAAGCCAAACACGAAGCGCCAACUCCUAUCGGAUUCAGCCCGACUUUUCGAUCCUUUGGGUUGGAUCUCGCCGAUAAUUGUUCGCAUCAAGAUCCUGUACCAAACACUGUGGCUGCAGGACUUGCAAUGGGAUGAUCCGUUGCCGGCUGCGAUCAAUCAGGAAUGGAACAAAAUCAAGACAAGCUUGGCAUCAAUCGAGGAUAUCCGGAUUCCAAGAUGGAUCGUGAAUCAUCUGGGAGCAGUGCAGCUGCACGGCUUCGCCGACGCGUCAGAGUCGGCCUAUGCAGCAGUCGCUAGAUCCAAGGACAGGGACGGCAAUGUGUGCAUUUCGCUGGUCGCAAGCAAAACCAAGGUGGCUCCAAUCCAGCAAGUGUCACUUCCCCGGCUCGAGUUGAAUGCAGCCGCCCUUCUUGUGGAGCUUAUGAAGCAGAUUCUUGAAUCGUUGGACCACUUGGAUGUGACAUGCUACGCGUGGACGGAUUCUACUGUUGUGCUUGGGUGGCUGGCAUCCCAUCCGAAGAAAUGGAAGACUUUUGUGGCAAAUCGGACCUCAGCGAUUUUGGAUUUCUUGCCACGAAGUUCCUGGCACCACAUUUCAUCAAGCGAAAAUCCGGCGGAUUGUGCAUCUCGAGGUGUGCUGCCAACGGAGCUGGUUGACCACAAGCUGUGGUGGACUGGCCCAUCUCUCCUGUACAGCACAGAGGACACCUGGAAAGAAAGCGCUGAAUCGAUCCCAUUUGAAGAAGACGUGACGGAGCAACGGAAGGUGGUCGCUGCAGCUACGGUUGCGACGAAACCUGCAUCGAACUACGAAGUUGAAGAGUAUCUCCUGAAACGAAACGGGUUACUGAAGGUUUCUCAACGAGUGUUGGCGUGGGUUAUCAGAUUCAAGGCCAACUUACUAUCGAAGCUGCGUGGCACCGAAAAGACUUCUGGACAACUGAAGGCAGUGGAAGUGUAUGAAGCCAAUCUACAAUUGGCUCGCUUCGCUCAGCGUGAGGUGUUUGGCGAGGACAUGAAACAUCUUCGAAAGGGUCUACCACUCUCAGCAAAGAGCCAAAUCAAGUCGCUUUUCCCGUUCAUCGAUGGGGAUGGAACAUUGCGUGUCGGGGGAAGGUUGCAAAACUCGGAGCUAGCAUUCAACUUGAAGCAUCCGGUUAUUCUUCCCAAGUCGCAUCGUUACACACACCUGUUGAUAUCGAUGUUGCACCAACAAAAUCUGCACGCUGGUCCUACUUUGCUCAUCGCGACGCUGAACCAACUCUACUGGGUGAUCGGCUGCCAAUCAGUGGUGCGGUCGGUGGUAAACAGCUGCGUUCGCUGUGCACGCUGGAAGGCCAAAACAGCAAGUCAACUGAUGGGGAGUUUGCCUGCGGUGCGAACUACUAGUGGCCGAGCUUUCGAAAACGUCGGUGUUGAUUAUGCUGGACCUGUCAUAAUAAAAGCCAGCUUACUGCGAUCCGUUAAAACCGUGAAGAGCUACAUAGCAGUUUUUGUAUGCCUCGCAACAAAAGCUGUUCAUUUGGAGGCUGCCACAGAUUUAUCAGCGAACACGUUCAUCGCAGCUUUGAAACGUUUCUGUGCCCGACGUGGUUUGCCCAAUCAACUGUGGUCAGAUAAUGGCACGAAUUUUGUUGGCGCCGAUCGCCAACUCAAGGAACUUCUGGCUUCAGCAACGUUCAACUCCGAAGUGAAUCAGCACCUGAACAAUUUGGGAAUACAGUGGAACUUUAUUACGCCAUCCGCCCCCCACAUGGGCAGUAUUUGGGAAGGAGCAGUAAAAAGCAUGAAGAAACAUCUGCGCGUCGUGCUGGGAACCGCCGUGUUGAACUUCGAGGAACUGUCAACUCUAUUAACGCAGAUUGAAGCAUGCUUGAAUUCACGGCCGCUGUGUGCCCUUUCCAGCUCCGUGGAUUCGUGUGAAGCCUUAACACCAGGACACUUUAUCAUCGGACAGCCACUGAACCUGGUGCCAGAACCAGGUGUAUCCGAUGUACCAACGAAUCGCCUCGACAGAUAUCGUCAGCUACGGAAGAUGACCGAAGACUUUUGGGAACGCUUCAGGACGGAGUAUAUUGCAACGCUUCAGCCCAGGACGAAAUGGCAGAAGAUCGGAGAUAACCUGAGGAUUGGAGAUCUUGUUCUGGUUAAGAAUGAUAAUACGCCACCGGCCCAUUGGGAACUUGCUCGGGUGGUAGCUACUCAUCCGGAUCGGAGCGGUAUCGUUCGGAACGUGAGCCUGCAGCGAGGCGAAACCAUCUAUCAAAGACCCAUCCAUAAGCUGGUAGUUCUUCCUACUGAUUGA